UGAGGAGAAAGUUAGCGGAGUGUGCUAACCCGUGACGUAGCGGCUCCUCGGGGUUUGACAUCCGCUCAACCCCCAAGAACAACAUUACGUGGCCACCAGUACAAUCAGAGGGAAAAAAAUAAUCUAAUUCACCUUGGAAAUAAUGUAACCUCCGCUGAGACUGGUAAGAUGACACGACUUCGAAUAUGCCAAGGAAUAUUGCUGACUAUAUUAGUUAGUACAACCUUGGCACAGGUAGUGGACGACCUGGAUUUCACAGUUUCUGAUGGAACAGUCAGUGAAGACAGCGAUGUUGACACAAUAGAAUCACCGAGUGCAAUAGAUGAAACAGAACAAGACUCUAAAAGUAAAGAAGAUUCGGAUAAACAAGAAAUUAAUAACAAGAGUGAUAAAGAUGGGUCUGAAUCCAAACAGGAAUUGUCCCCAAAUGAUAUUAGAGCCAAUGAAUUGUACGAUGCAGCAAUGAGUAUUUUAAACCAGACAAAACAAGAUGAACGACAAGCAUACACCCUCUUACAGUCGGCAGCAGAGUUGGGCCACACAGAAUCCCGACAAAAAGUGGCAUGGGCACGACUUCUUGGUAGAUACCUCAAACCCAAUAUCACGGAAGCUGCUGAAAUAUUUGAAGACUUGGCCAGUAAAGGCAAUGCAGAUGCUCAAAUGGGUUUGGGAUUCAUGUUUGCUACAGGCAUUGGAAAAAAUUCAAGUCAAGCUAAAGCAUUGGUGCAUUACACUUUUGGUGCUCUCGGGGGCAGUCAGUUGGCACAGAUGGCCUUGGCGUACAGAUACUGGUCGGGCAACAGUGUGGCCUCCAGUUGUGAGACAGCCCUUACCUACUAUAGAAAAGUUUCACAUACAGUGGCAGAUGAAGUGUCGCUGACUGGUAACCGAGCAGUGCAGCGAGUUCGUUUACUGGAUGAAGUAGACAGUCCUGGGUCAUCCUCUGCACUACUUGAUGAUGACCUUAUACAAUAUUACCAGUUCCUUGCUGAAAAAGGAGAUGUACAGGCUCAGGUUGGGCUUGGGCAGCUACAUUACCAAGGAGGACGAGGAGUUGAGCAAGAUCAUCAGCGUGCUCUCAAUUAUUUUGUCCAAGCUGCAGAAGCAGGCAAUGCAAAUGCUAUGGCAUUUCUCGGCAAGAUGUAUUUGGAGGGCAGUUCAGUUGUGAAGCAGAGCAAUGAGACUGCUCUUAAAUACUUCAAACGUGCUGCAGAUCAGAACAAUGCAGUUGGUCAGAGUGGCCUAGGCCUUUUAUAUUUGCACGGUCGUGGAGUACCUCAGGACUACAAGCUGGCUCUCAAGUACUUCACACUGGCUGCUGAGCAAGGAUGGGUUGAUGGACAACUCCAGCUUGGCAACAUGUACUUCAGUGGGUUGGGUGUGCGAAGGGACUACAAGAUGGCCAUCAAGUACUUCAACUUGGCAUCGCAAUCGGGUCAUGUUUUGGCAUUUUACAACCUUGCUCAAAUGCAGGCCUCGGGCACUGGCAUGGUCCGAUCCUGCCACACGAGUGUUGAGUUGUUCAAGAAUGUGGCAGAACGAGGACGUUGGGGAGAAAUGCUGAUGGAGGCUCAUGCUGCAUAUUGGGACUCUCGUCAUGCACAGGCUCUAGUUACCUACAUGUUGUUAGCAGAACUAGGCUAUGAGGUUGCCCAGAGUAAUGCUGCUUUUAUUCUCGAUCGACACGAAACUGAACUCUUUAAACAAGGUGAAGGCUUUGCAAGAGCACUGAUGUAUUGGGGCCGUGCUGCGUCUCAGGGUUAUGCUGUAGCUCGGGUAAAGCUGGGAGACUACCAUUACUAUGGCUAUGGUACCUCUGUUGAUUAUGAAACUGCUGCUGCACACUACAGGCUGGCAUCGGAACAGCAACAUAAUGCUCAAGCUAUGUUCAACUUGGGAUAUAUGCAUGAACAAGGCUUGGGACUCAAGCAGGAUAUGCAUCUUGCCAAACGUUUCUAUGACAUGGCAGCAGAAGCUAGUGCCGAUGCCCAGGUGCCAGUAGCACUGGCCCUAGCCAAGCUGGCUUUGCUCUUCUCCUUCAAAUAUUUUGAAGAUUUUGAGUGGCUGCACUUGGAAGAGAACAGUGUGGAGGAAGUUCUUGGCCCAGACUGGGACAUCUACCUCAUGGUACUUCUCUCAGUGAUCAUCGCCACUCUCAUCCUCUUCAGACGACCCCCACCUCCCAUGGCUAUGUGAAAUGUAGAGUUCAUGAAUUGUUUUAAACCUGAAGUUUGUUUUAAACACAGAAGUUAAAAGCAAAAGAAGAUAUGAGGAUGCAUAAAAUAUACAAUUUGUGAUAGGUUAUUUCUGAGUGAAUCCUCUUUAAUAUUUUAAUGUAGGAGAAUUUAAUGAAACAAAUUCUUAGUAGGAAAUGCUUUGGCAUACAGGUAAUGUAUGCUGGUGCAGUAUACCUGCAGUGGUCCAGGUAUGGUGGUUAUAUGUGAAGUGAACAUAACAUGCAUCUCCACAGUGUUAUUCAAUAGAGAAAUAAAUAUCUAUGUACCAAUGCAGAAAGAGUGUAAAGAGCUGCUCCCUGUGCCCAGCCAUGGCCCCAGGUUUAUAUUCAAGACAAUAUUAGCCCAUCAGUGUAAGACAUGUUAUAAUGUUUCUUGUAUUGGGGAUAAUCUGGAGUUGAGUUGGGUUGGUGGUGGAAUUUAAAAUUAAUGUUUUUGUAUUUUUGGGUGGAUUUUUUUCCCCCCAAGUUUAGGAUGGAUGGGGAAGGAAGGAAGGGUCAGGUUAGGUUCAUCGUGCUAAGUAUUGUUUGGGCAUACUGCGUUUGUGUCCUGUCCCACUGGUGGUGGGCAGUUUGAUAACUAUACAGACACAUGUAGAGAGAGAGAGACACACACACACACACACGUGCGUAUAGUACUGUAUAUUUAUUAUUUAAUUGGUUGUGUAUAUUUUGCUUGUGUUGAUUGACAUAUGAUACCCAGUUCCCUCACACCUAUAAAUAAAGACAUAUCUUCCAGAAGGGGCCCCAAGAGACAACACAUUAUAAAAUAUAUAUAUAUAUAUAUAUAUAUAUAUAUAUAUAUAUUUUAUUAUAAUAUUAUAUCACACACACAGCUAUAUAUAAAUACACAUAAUAAUUAAUUAUACUACUAUGAUAAACAUCUAAGCUGGACUCUGAUUACAGUAUAGUUAAAGUUGGGAACUUGGAACAAAUAUUAUAAGUAUAUUUUGAACAUAUUGUGCAAAAUUUUGAUGAAGGUAUAUGCACUAUAAUGGAUUACUCUUAUGUUAAUUUUGAUUUGACUUCUGACUUCUGGGAAGUUUUUUUUUUUCUUUAAAGGUUUUGUCUAAUUUAUAACAGCAAUAGCAGCAUACUCUAAAAGUUAGCUAUCAUUUUCUAGUUUAUGGGUGGCGUCACGUUUGCUAUUAUGAGAGAUGUUUUGUGCAGAAGUGAUCACUUAAUACGAGUCCAAGAGAAAACUGUGGUAAGUAUAUUACUGGCUGUUGGACAGCCUUGUGUAGGGCUAGGAUGUACCUCAAACAUUUGCAUCAUCAGCCAAGGUUCAUGUUUCAGCUCUUCCACAUUUCCAGGGCAUUUUCUUCCUAAAUUUUCUACACUGAAACUACUAGUCACUAAAGUAGGUCAAAGCUAUCUGAUGUGUAUUUUAUUUUAUUUUUUUUUCCCCCCAUCUUGUCCACAAAUUGUGACAUGAAGUUAGUUUAUAGUAGAUCUCUUUCACCAGUGUGAGUUUGAUGUAAAAUGUUUCCUCAUAAUUUUUCAAUGACUAAAUGUAAUUCCCAUUGUAUUAUGCUCAACUGUUAAUACUUGGCAAAUACAUGAGUGUAUGGCACAUUUGCAGAAAUAGUUAUACUGUAGUAGUUUAUUUUGCAUCAUCAUAAACUCGCAUGAGUGUAAGUGAUGUGAAGUAUGAUUGUCAUGACUGAUGAAAAGCAACAUUAAAGGAAUAUUUAAGCACUGUUUUCAAUAAAAGAAUUUAAAAGUUUUAUUUUGUGUAUAAAAAAAGUUCAGAGAAUUUAAAUUGUAUAUGAACUUCAAGCAAAGACCAUAUACACUAUAUAGAUUGGCAGGUAAUUUCUAAUAAAGUAUAAAUAAAUCAUAGUUGGUAUA